AUGCAAAAUAAUGCUCUUGGUGAAAAUAAUGAAUGGUAUACUGUGCCUAUCCAUACACGUAUUCAGGAUAGCGCUGCGUUGGCAGCCGUUGGAGGUGAUGAUUCAGCUGGUCUGGCAGCUAUACGUGCAGAAUUUACAAAUAUGGAAGAAAUCAAAAUUAUGGUAUAUACAGGUCGAUAUGUAUCACGUUACACUUGCUUGGAAAAAAAAACCAUUGCAAUACAUAUAGUCGCCUUCCUUCUUUCAUUGAUAUUUGGUAUCGCUCUAGCAAGCGCUGUUCGCUAA